AUGUAUCCCUGGGUGGUGCUAUUUCGUACAUGCACUCUCACUUGUGGUGUCCCUCAAGGAUCAGUCCUUGGCCCCACCCUCUUCACGCUAAACAUGUUCCCCCUUGUUCGUGUCAUCAGCCGGCAUGGAAUAUCUUUCCACUGCUACGCUGAUGACACUGAACUCUACGUAAAAACGAACCCAACCCCUCUCCAGCCCUAUCCACACUUUCCACCUGCCUGGAGGCGAUAAAGUUGAGGAUGGCGGCUAACAUCCUGCAGCACAAUGGCUCAAAAACGGAAGCCAUUCUUGUUGGCACUCCACACGAGACCCGGUCAUCCACUAUCACCAGCAUCAGCUUCUCCGGCCACGACAUCCACCACUCAUCCUUAGUCACUAACUUCAGUGUCAGAAUGGACCGUCACCUGACCUUUGAGACCCACAUUCAACAUCUUUGCAAAACCUCCUCCUUCCACCUCAGGAACAUUGCAAAACUCCGCCCCAUACUCACUCUCCCCGAUUCUGAAAAACUUGUCCACGCCUUUGUCUCCUCCAGGCUGGACUACUGCAACACACUCCUCAUCAGGAUCCCCAGCAAGAACAUCCAGCGGCUGCAGUACAUCCAGAAUUGUGCUGCCAGGAUCCUGAUGGGGGUGCGGAAGUACCGCCACAUCACACCCAUCCUCAACCCCUCCACUGGCUUCCUGUCCAGUACAGGAUUGAAUUCAAGAUUUUCCUGCUGUCCCACCAGUGCCUCCAUGGCACUGCCCCCCUAUACCUCAAAGAACUCAUCACCCCCCAUUCCUCCUCACGCCAUCUCCGCUCUGGACAGGCCAACAUCCUCCAGCUUCCGAGGACAACGCUCCGAAUUAUGGGCGAUCGCGCCUUCUGCUCAGCUGCACCCACUGUGCGACUGUGGAUUCUUUUAAAGGUCCCAUAACAUGAAAAUCUCACUUUAUUUUCCAAUAGCUAAAACUUGCGUUUGGUGUAAAACGAGCACUAGCUGUUCUGCUCGCCUUUGAAAAAACGGAGGCUCAAGUGCGCUGAUUUGGAAUGUCUGUAUUCAUGACGUCAUCAGGAAUCUCAGCUCCUCCCCUUACUCUGCCUGGCCCGCCCAGAGACGUUGGCCCGCCAAUGAGACUCGACCAUGCGAGCGCCACGUGUGUGUGUGUGUGUGUGUGUGUGUGUGUGUGUGUGUGUGAGAAUACACACACUGUAACGCAAGUGUUUCUUGUCGGUUCUUUGACGUGUCUUGUAUUUCCACAACGAGACUGUUGUGGGGGUUAUCUGAGCCAUGGUUGAGAAGGAAUUGGGGGAAAGGAACUUUGGCUUUGACUGGCUGAAGUACAUGAACUGCGACAUGCCGCCGGUUGCCGCGAGGCACCAUCGCCCGGCAGCGUUGAUGUGAAAGUGGAAGAACCAGAGACGUCGCAGAACCCGACAAAGUCGUUUGUGAUUCAUUAUAUCGUCUGGAGGCGCACACAGCUUUUGGCCGUGAUAAUAUGUAUUAAAUGAUAUAGAUUUCUAUGUAUUAUAUGAUAUUAUAGAGCUCCAGGACUGUAACGCAAGUGUUGUACACUUCCUUGUUAUUUGGAUAACCGUUCUGUCGGACUCUCGUCUCUGGUAUUUCUACAACGAGACUCGUAUUGGGGGUUAUCUCAGCCAAGGUUGAGAAUGAAUUGGGGGGAAGGAACUUUGGCCUUGACUCCCUCAAGAACAUGAACCACGACAUGGAGGAGAAAGGGAU